CUUUCCUCGUCUAAUUGUCCGUGCCCCUGAUUCUCCUCUUUUCUCUCUCGAACCAAGCUUCCUGAUCUCUGCUUAACGACGGGGUGCUCUUAUCUUGAUCACUUCGCCAUGUCCAAUCAGUCAGGUGCAGGACUGCCAGACUCCCAGAGGGCAUGGGAGACGCGUGCAACCGCAACAGGUGUGAUCCACCAGUCGGUACACUCGGCGAGCCUCGAGUCCGCUUCUGAGAUUAAAGAGCCCCAAUAUGUAAUGCUGCAGGUCCUGUGGCGCGACCGGCAAAGGAGAGAGUUUGACUGGAAGCUCUCUGGCCUUGAACCUUGGAAAACCGCCGCAAAGGCCCACUGCGAUACCUACAAGUCUUGGACGCUUUAUUGCGAAGACCUGGCGGCGGGAAAAACCAAGAAGUCGGAGUUCCAGGAAUCAUCCUUUGCGGUCGCCCUGCUUUACCAACGUCAGGCUGCCAAUGUCACCACCAUGGAGAUGACUCCUUCGGUGUUUGUCACCCCCCAUGAGCCACGCGACCUCCGAAAGAUGCCGCGUAUCAAUUACGACGAGGACGCCAUGCUCGCAGAGGUCGACCAUUUGCAUAUCAGUAGCAACCCGCAAACUCCAGUGCAUUCGCGCACCCUCAUUGAUCCGGACGAAGGAGGCCUCCCAAGGAGCUCCUACAAGCCUUCGAGUCCCAACGAACCGGAAGAUAUCCAGCGCCAGAUCUACAGGCAGUCAAAGGAUGAGCAGAUAGUAAAUGCAGCACUUAUCAGCUUUGUCAACGCACUCACCCUUCACUCGGACAUAUGUGUUGUGUGGUCUUUCCAUCGCAUACCCCUCAAGGCGGACUUCAACCCCGCAUCCUAUGAGGCUCGCACCGACGGCUACCUCGAGAUUCCAAGCACCACAGAUGAAUGGAAGCGGAUCCGCGCGCUUGUGGAGGUGAAGGCAGCGAGUCGCCGGAAAAACGGGCCAACAAUCCGCAUGCAGGAAGCUGCGCAAGUGGUUGCAUGGCUAAAAAGUCGUCCUGAUCGCGGGGGACUCCUGAAUGGACCAGGCAGGCGCAUUCUCCUCUCUCAAGACCGGCACGAGAUCUUUAUCACUGUGGCAGAAUACGACGACAAGUACUUGGACUUCCUUGACGGGAACCCUGGGCCCGACCGCGCAUUUCUGAGAAUGCACGAAUUCGGACCGUGGAACACACAAUCUGUAAAGGACAUGAAGCAGGUCGCUGUCAUUCUCGUUGCGAUGGCUCUACGAGCUGAGGCCGAUCGCAUAGCUGAGAACCUGUAGUGAAAGCCCAGUGAGGCCAAGGAGUGCCGGUAGUCUCACAAGGGGUCCCAUGUGUGGCAGGUGGGUGUUGUGUGCCUCGGGCCAUGAGGAAGUACUACGGGGUUCUCCCUCUGAUGAAUGUGCGAGGUUCUUCAUCUGUCAUGUCUCCUCCUCCUGGCUUUUCUGGUAUCCGAGGCGCUUAGAGUGUUUAUCGAUCUCAAACUGCAGGCGAUACAAGAUGCCCUCGAUCACGGUGGUUGUUCAUCAUCAGACUCCUCCAAUCCACGUAGAGAGGACCCUCUGGAGCGCCGGCCCAACCAAAAUGCGAUAUAGGAUCGGUAU